CUGCUCAUAUAUAUAUGGGGAAUGGCCAGAGCAUCUUUCAUAGUUCCCUCACUUUCAAAGCCAGCUGAAGGCAAGAGGAGAGAGCGCCUUCAGUGUCUUUCUGACUGUCUGCACCUGCUUGUCAGAAGGCUGAAAGAUGAUGGCAGGAAUGAACAUCCAGCUGGUGUGCCUGAUGCUUCUGGCUUUCAGCUCCUGGAGCCUGUGCUCAGACUCAGAAGAGGACAUGAGAGCAUUAGAGGCAGACUUAUUGACAAACAUGCACGCAUCAAAGAUUGGUAAAGCAAGUCCUCCCUCUUGGAAAAUGACCUUGCUAAAUGUGUGCAGCCUUAUAAAUAACCUGAACAGCCCAGCAGAGGAAGCAGGAGAAACGCACGAAGAUGAUCUCGUUGGAAAAAGGAAACUUCCCCUUGUUCUAGAUGGCUUUAGCUUGGAAGCAAUGCUGACCAUAUUCCAGCUCCAGAAAAUUUGCCACAGCAGGGCUUUUCAACACUGGGAGAUAAUCCAAGAAGAUAUUCUUGAUAAUGGCAAUGGCAAAGAUGAGAAGGAGGAAGUGAUAAAGAGAAAAAUCCCUUAUAUUCUGAAAAGGCAGCUAUAUGAGAAUAAACCUAGAAGGCCCUACAUACUCAAGAGGGGAACAUAUUACUACUGAGAAGCUGGUUCUUGAUCCAUGAUUGUGAUUGAUCACCUUUUAUCUAGAUAUAUAAUCAUAUGCUUAUCUAGAUAUAUAAUUACAUGUGUGUGUAAAUGUGACAGAACUUGAUUAUUUCAUCUCUUCCACUAGUGUGGUGUAUUGGCUGUUAUUUUUCUGCAUUCAUGUAAAUUGAACUAAAUGUUUUCAAAUAAAUGUAGAUCUUGAGCAUGAUCCUGUGUUCUGUAUAAUUGGAACAGAUGAUAAUCAUAUCACAUUGAAUGUUCUGUAAUUUUGCAAAAUAUAUUAUGGGAUGUCUAGACAGUCAUCACAUUUGGCAUUUUAUAGGAAAUCUAUAAGAGAUGAUAACAAAGUUGAGCACACAUCAGUAACCCAAAGCAGAACAAUGGCACCAUUUUGUCAUUUGAUUGCUUUAUUUUUAAUUGAAAGAGAUAUACACUGCUUUGCAAACUCACUGGCUCAACUCUCAGUACAAAGGAAAGUUACUAUCCUGUAAAGGCCCAUUGAAAGAAUUGUUAAUGAAACAUUGCUAUUUAUGCUUAUCUCAGUGUAUCUUUAAGUGAAUAUUUUGCCUGUCAAAUGAAUUUGAUAGCUAAUAAAAUUCAACAAGUCAUCAGAAUCUAA